GUUGAACUUGUCGACUGCUGCUUAUCGGUGUAGUCAUUCGUCUAUACUUUUUUCUGGUACUAGUCUAUCAUAAUGGACUUUACCUGGGAUGAUUUUGUACAUGUAAUUUGCAUGAUAGCUGUGGUAGUCUUUAUAGUGGGAACACUUAUGCUUGCUCUAUAUGUUCUUCGGCUUAUAUGUACUUUUAAUCAGCUACCGAUAUUUGAUGUGGAGUCAAGCGCUCGAAGCGAAACUUUGCGAAGUGAUCGUGACCAAAGCGUAAGGAGCCGACGAUCGCUAAGAUCUGCUAGAAGUCCCUCAAGAACCCAAAGGAAAAGAGGAAGUACGAGUAAAUCCCGAUCAUCACUGCGUUCGGGAUCGCUGUCGCGUUCGGAACGCGAAGAGGCGCCUCGGUGGACGCGGCGCGGCACGCGAACCCGGAGCGGCCCACUUCGAAGCGAACAGGUUCCAAGUAUUCAAAGCGAGCAAGAAAGCGAAGGUCGAACUGUGAACGUUGUGGUCAGAAGAUUAGAUAUAAAACCUCUUAGAACUAAGCAGCCUUCCCAAGAAUUUGAAAAUGUCCCCAAGACAAGAACUCGAAUACAAGGAGUUGAUAUUCCUAGGCAAACUUUGAAAAGUGGAACUGUAGAGGAAGAUGAAGCAGUAGUUCCUAGAACAAAAGGACCCAAAGGAGUUGACCUUCCAAGAGUGACGAUAAGAGCUGGAGAAGCAGAUGAUGACGAGGAAGUUGAAAAUGCUCCAAAAGGACGCAUAAGGGGGAUUGAUAUACCCAGAGAGACCAUAAGGGGAGCAGCUGGAGAAGAAGCUACAAAACCCAAUCUUACAUUCAACGUAGAACCUGGUGCUUCCAUCUCAGUAAAUGUUCUCAGUGAACGAGCUUAUGCUGGUGGAGGAGAGGGUGAAUGUAUCCAGACGAGCGAAUCAAUUAGUGGCUCCGAUACGCUUGUGUGCAAGACGAUCAGUUCUCUUACUGUGACAAAGAUAUGA